CUGCAUUUUAUGUUGUUUAUGUACCAUUGCAGGGAGAGACCUGAGGUAGCCUUAUUCCUUCCCAAGUAUGAGUGAGUAUGUGCGGUACUCUCUAUAUACCGAUGUUGUUUUAUGCUGUCUCAGCGAAAAGGAAAACGCCAUUAUAGUAGAUAGCUCUUGAUAGGAUUGAAGUGUACUCCGGAUGUCCCCUGUUAAGUUCUGUUAAAAAUAGUAAAACGUAUGGAUUUGUUUUUCGAAACAAAAGUCAAGAAUCAAAUAUAGUAUUUGCUGAGUAAUGUCAAUAAUUCUAUCGAUUGAGAUAAGUGUUGAAGAAUAGUGAUUGGGUCUAGUGUAAUGUUUUGAUUUGGAAACUAACAGACGAAGUUAAAAAUCUGUCCAGUGACCAACUAUCAAUCAACCCAAGAUCAACGUGAAAUCUGUCAUCGAAUCAUACAAAAUGGCACUGGGCUAUGAAAUUGAACCUGUUCGGUCAGCUCGCAGCAAUUCGGAAUCGGACUACGAUAUGGUAUCGGAUGCCGGCUCGAUUGAAAUAAUCAACGAGGGGACCGGCGAUGAGUUGAUAUCCGGCGAAACUGUGCCUUUGGCAAGCAGCAGUCGUGUUUCCGUUGCUGAUAGUAGUGGAGCAGAGUUAAACCUGGACGCAACAUCUCCCCUGGAUGCCGUUCAAACCGAGGACGAGCAUAAGGACGAACCAAGUGAGCAAAGUGCAAACGAAAAUGGCGAACAGAUGCAAUCUUUGCCGGAGGUGGUCGAGCAAGAAAAUAGCGAAAUGGAUGAAUUUUCUUCUUACGAGAUUGUUGCUAAAGAUUCGGCUAGUCCGUCCGAUGCAGGAUACUCGUCAGAAGAACAGUCAAUGCCAAUCGCAGACCAAAGACCCGCCGAUAUCUGUUGCAGGCUACCUGAUACCGCCAUGUCUCGCUCAUGUGAAAUAGCAGGCGAGCAAACACAUUCAAACUCACAGAGCGAACAAGAUAACGAUCAGCUGAACAAGCAGGCUCAGCCAAACGAGGCUCAUUCGAUCGCAGUCACGAUUGGCAUCGACAGAGAGGUUAAUGAAAAAUCUAAUAGUUUGGCCAACUGCGAUGCCGUGACGAACGGUGAAGCCGAAGGAUCAUCCAAGCAGUUUGUUAAUGACGAAUCGGACACAAAGGAUAAUUUGGACGAUCAGAAGAAGGUGGGUCAUAUGCAAACAGAGCAAGCUGCUAUCGAGGAGCCUACUGAGGCAGUGGAGAAGAUACUGGCCACACUGAGUUUGGUUGGAGCAACGGAGAGAAGUGAAAAGCCCAUCAGCGAUACUAAGAUGAACGGUUCAGCCGUUGAACCACCCCAGCAGUCUGAAAUUGAUGAGUUAGGGGUAAAAGAUGAUCUGGAAGAGCAGAGAAUAAUUGCUUCACUCGUGGCCCAAUGGUUGGCCACAGAAAGUUUUGACGAUGAUGAUAGUGAUAUGAUGAUGGAACGAGCUCUCGCCGAACAGGUUGCUGAAAUAGAGGAGGAAGCAACAUUGGAUUUGGUUGAAAAAACGGAUGAAAAGCCCAAAAGCGAUACCAAGAUGAACGGAGCAGGCGUUGAACCACCCCAGCAGUCUGAAAUUGAUGAGUUAGGGGUAAAAGAUGAUUUGGAAGAGCAGAAAAUAAUUGCUUCACUCGCGGCCCAAGGGUUGGCCACACAGAGUUUUGACGAUGAUGAUAGUGAUAUGAUGAUGGAACGAGCUUUCGCCGAACAGGUUGCUGAAAUAGAGGAGGAAGAUCAGACAACAUUGGAUUUGGUUGAAAAAACUGAGAGCAGUGAAAAGCCCAGCAGCGAUACCAAGAUGAACGGAUCAGGUGUUGAACAACCCCAGACAUCUGACAUUGAGGAAAUCGGUGUGACGGUAAAUUUGGGCGAGCGGAAAAUGAAUGUUUCAAUCGUGGAAGAAUGGUUGGACACUUAUACUGAUAACGAUCAGGAUAUGCUAAUGGAGCGAGCUGUUGAGGUAGAAGAGGAAGAGCUGCCAACACUGCAUUCCGUAGGUAAAUUCUUUUACGGGGGUGAACAAAUAAAAUUGAAAUAUCCGUCGCCGAUGAGAGUCGACCAGCUUGGCCUUUCCGCUCGAAUUACGUAUGAGAACCUUAGGAUUAAAUUACAUAACGAAGGCAGUCUGAUGUCUGCGGAUGACAACUUUUUGGCAAAAGUUGAGCUAGUUGCCCUGGAGCUGCUCGAAGAUACGUUAGACUUCUUCGAGGCAAAAGAAGUAUUACUGCAGAAUCUUCGGAUCGUGAAAGUCCUACAGGAUGAUUUGACGGCCGGUCGAUCAUCCCAUCAAGCAGCAUUCCUUGCCGAUGUCAAACAAGCACUGACCAUAUCAACGGUUGACGAUCAGUUCGCGUUGAAUUGUAUUCAAUUGUCCAACAUUUUGUCGGCUGCACCACUGCCACGCCUAAACCGUGAAAGGUUGUGCCAUGAAAUUGCCAAUAAUUCAGUGAUAUCCCAUGACUUGAAACAAUCAGCUGGAGCUUUGAAUGCAGCGGAAAAUACGGUUCUUUGUAGGAAUCGAUUAUUGGCCCGCUUUGGAUUUCCGCAGACAGAUCCAUCGGAUACGAACCUGCUUAAAGGUGUGAAACAGAUGCUGGACUUAACUUUUGCAAACUACAACAACAUGUUGCUGGAGAAAGCGCCGAAGCACCUUCACGAUUCUAUCCAAAGAAUGAGCAAACGGCGAAUUUUGCUUAUCCGGAAUAAUGAUAUAAAAUUGUUCACGGAUUUGUGCGCGACCCUGAACGAGGACAUUUUCCAAAUGCCGUUGAUUGAUCUCGGUAACCGAUGGAUUGCUAACGUUACUGCGAUCAACGUCAAGAAAACGAGGCACAUUGCGCCUCAAACCAAUCCGAUUUACUUCUUUUUGUGCAAAAGUUUGGAAGAGCUAAUUUUCGAGAUUAGUGGCCGGACCGAUCAUCUUCCGAAAGAUCUACUGACCAGUGACAGUUCCGGGUGGCAUCCGAUUAAGAAGAUCAACUGGAAGUCGGUGAGUGCGCUCACAAAAUGUCUCGAACGGGAAUACUAUUUCCUGUUCAAGUUGCUGAAACAUUUUGAACUAGGUGCUAGCGCUAGCCAGAAACUGUUCGAAUAUAAGGUGAAACUUUUCGAAGGACCAACACAAAAACCUAUGUGGAAAAGGGUUGUGGUAGGCACCAAAAAGUUGUUCGGGAUCAACGAAACAAUCGGAAACUCUCUGAACAUUGCCGAUGAGUUCUACGUGUGGUACUGUCUGCUGGAUGAUGUUCUCGCCCAUGCUCUCCCCGAUGAUUGCCAGUUGGACUGUUUCGGAACCAUCAUCCAAAGUUACGUCGAUUUUCUUCGUGGAGUCGGUCACGAUCAGUUGGAGACUUUGCGAGUGAUCACCCACAACACGGCUCGCUUUGUCGUUCAAACAAUGCCGUAUGUCACACUGAAAGACAGCUCAUUGAUCGAUAGACAGAUCUUACAGAAACAGUUGGAUCUGAUCAACUCGAAGGCUACCAGCAAAACUUUAUCUUCAAACCAUUUCCGCGAUCUGGUUGAUGUCUUCAAUAGCUACUGGAAGAACAGAGAAGAUAUCAUUUCUACUAUCCCUUCCAAGAUCCAGCUACCGGAAAUGACAUCUCUGCGGGAUCGUUUGUUGGAGAUCGUUUUGGUAGCAUUGGAGAAGAAUGUUUCCGCAGAGGACAUGGUUACCUUCUUCCGAGCGUACAGCGAUUUACUGGUUGAUCUGAACGAUGUCCAGUUCGACUGGUUUGUGAAAAUGACCACCUCAGAUAAUCAAACUAAAUCGUUUGUGGAUUUGGAUCUCAUCAAACCCGUUGAGAACAAAUGGAGUAACACGGCAAAUGUGACGUAUUGUGUCAUCAAUCCGGAGAAGUAUUCCAAAUUAUGGCGGAUAAUAUUCGACAAUAUUGCUCCUUCGAAGCAUUAUGUGAUUGAAGUUUUAUCAAGUCUGCUAUCGUUCAUUAAUCUUCAACUUAACAAAGCUCAAUGGAAAUCAGGUGAAAUGCUUUCACAAACCACGCAGAUCUGCACCACAAACGAAUUGAUCUUUGCUGUGCGCAACUCUUUUCUGUAUCUACUGGAACAACCGGAGUACGUUUCUUUCGAACUGUUUUACGACGAACGAGUCAAACCCUUUGCGAGCGCCAUGGACAACAGCAGAUCUCAUCGGGAUUUCACCAAUCGAAUCUAUCUUAUCAAGGAGUCUUUCUGGUACAUCCGUAAGCAGAACGAAAUGGACGUCGAUGGGGCGUUGGAGCUCUUUCGCGAGUUGAACAACGCUACGGAGGAUCAAUUGCUGCGGAAGGCCUAUCAGCAGUACUGCCAGAGUUUCCAGCAGUUUAUGCAACUAACCGAAGAAGAACACACCGAGAAAGCAAGAAAGAUCGCCGACGAGGUCUCAAUACUCGCCACUAAAGCACCGUUCAAACAAUGGACCGACACCUACAAGCAGGAAAAACUUCCGGAGAUCCUAGCCGGACUGGCGGCUGUGUGGUCCGUCCUGGUCUCGAAAGACGUCUCCGGUACGGGAAAGUACCUAACUCCGCACUGUAUUCAGAUCCUGUGCAUUCUGAGACUGCUGAGUGUGGAUCGCGCAGAGGAGGGAGUUACGAAGCAUCUGUCGCAGGUACUAACCGGUCAAGGCAAAUCUCUAGUGCUGGGACUGACUGCUGGUCUGUUUGCCCUGACGGGCCACAAACCUCGGAUCGUUUGCUACAAUCACUAUCUGGUGGAAAGGGACGAGUCUGAUUUCAAACAAUUCUACGCCAUCUUCAAUAUCAACAACAUUAUCACCUACAGCACGUACGAUGCGAUGGCCAACGAGCUAAUCGCUCCCAUCGUCGAUGGACGCCGGAUGGGAUUGAGAGACUUGAUGUCGGUUAUGUUGUUGAAGGAUGCUGCUCCUGUCCGUAGUAAGUUUGUUUCCGAGGACUGUGCCAGCUCGGUUUUGCUGAUCGAUGAGGUGGAUGUGUUUUUCACCAAAGAAUACUAUGGUGGUGUCUAUUGCCCCGUAAAUCGACUUAUGCUGCCAGGGCUGGAUAAAAUUCAAGAGAAAAUUUGGAGUAUUGUGAUUGGGAAUCCCUUGCUAACAUACGGUUCAAUUGAACAAAGCAUAUCUGAUUACAUCAAAUCACCUCAAAUGGCCGCACAAAAUGAUUUUCAUAAAUUCUUAGCUUCGACGAAAUCCUACGAUCUAUUGAUUUAUAAAGAAGGAAAGGUUUUGACGGAAAGAUUCACCAAUCGUAGCUUGUUUGAAAAUCAUCUUCGUCAGAUGAUCGCAUGCGCUAUCGAUGUUGUAAGCUCUCCGGCAGAUCGAUGGAUGGAUUACAAACUCAGCAAUACAGGAACCAUUCUACACAAGUACCGAGGCCAAUUCGUGAACUACAACGUAAACAGUUACUAUAUGGUAUUCAAUUAUUUCCGUUUACGUAAGUCUGAUUUUUCCAUUAGAGUAGCCUUGGAAGUUAACUACGGUUACCUUAAUCUGGACUGCGGUUCUAUUUCCUACGCAAUGCUACCACAAAGAUAUCCUCUUAUACUGGGAGUUACCGGCACACUGACCUCGCUUAACCAACACGAAAAGACCUGCAUCAGGGAUUUGUACGAUAUCCGUGAUUUAUCCGCCAUGCCAACCUUUUUCGGCUGUUCCAAUCUACGGUUCGACCCGGUUAGUGACUUCCAACAACUGCCGAGCCAAUCGGAAUGGUUGAAUGCCAUCUUCAGUCGAGCAAAUGCAGUGCUCGGAGCCAAACGGUCAGUUCUGGUGUUUUUCGAGAGCGAUUUACAGUUGAAUCAGUUCCAUGCGGAAUACUCUGGCCAAUUCGAUCGGUUGAAUAUUCUGACGGAGAACACCGAUGCAAAGCAAACGCAGCAGUUCAUUGAUGAGGCGGGUGUCGCCAAGACCAUCACCCUGGCAACUCGUGGCAUGGGAAGAGGCGUCGAUUACAAGUCCAGCGUUUCCAUCGAAAAGCACGGAGGAUUGCACGUAAUUCAAACGUUCUUCUCGUUGGAUGUAAAGGAAGAAGUACAGAUCAAAGGCCGCACCGCCCGCAAGGACAACCGGGGAAGUUACGAACUGAUCGUUUGUCAGGGUGAUCUGGAGAAGAUCGGCUUGCUCUGGAAGGUCUGUCAAGUAAACUACUACCAGCUCGAUGGAGCCAGACAAGAUUUAGCAUUGAAAGAGAACGAGCGAAUCUUAGAUGCCAUUGUCAGGCGAACGAAUGAUCACGAUGUGACGAUGCAGUACAUGAAAACAUUUUUUACUAAUUAAGGAUUUUUUAAAUAACAUUUACCAUUAACUAACCAUACA